AUGCGCACUGUGCAUCCGAGGCCUUUGCGCAGUCAUAAGACAUUUCAUCAAGCAGCUCCUGCACCGCGUUCUCCAAGUCCUGUGCAUCAAGACUUCGAUGAUGCGCAUCUUCCAGACGAGAAUAGAGCAGGAGAAAGCUUUAUGCCGGAAGCAGAUAAUUCAAGUGUACAGUUGGGACCUCUAUUUCGAACAUUUCAUCCUCAUCUCACAGGACUCAAGUGUGACAUCAAUGGUGAUUUUAUCAACCAGAAUGCGCCCCCAACACCCCAAACCGAAGCAUUACCCACCAACUGGACCCCAUAUGAAAGUCAUGUUGCAUUUGAGACGGCUGAAUUCCUCUUCACACACAAUCAAAUGUCUGCAGGGCAGAUUGAUACCCUUCUUGACCUCUGGACAGCAACACUCAUCAAACAUGAAGAUUCCCCUCCGUUUGCCACCCACCACGACUUAUAUGAUACCAUUGACUCAACUCCACUUGGUGACAUUACUUGGGAGAGUUUUUCAAUGUCAUAUAAGGGAGUCAAGCCAGCGGACAAUGUUCCACCAUGGAUGAAGGCUACAUAUGACGUAUGGUUCCGUGAUCCGCGUCUUCUCAUCCACAACAUGCUCACCAAUCCUGAUUUCGAUGGCGAGAUAGAAUAUACCCCAUACUGGGACUACAAUGACAAUGAUAAAUGUUGUUUCAAAAAAAAUUUCUUGGGUAAUUGGACUUGGAUGCAAGCAGACAAAAUCGCUGAAGAUCCAGAGAUGCAUGGAUCAACCUUUGUGCCUCUGAUUGUCAGAAGCGACAAGACUACGGUAUCAGUGGCUACAGGACAUACUGAUGAGUUAACAUAUUCCACGAAAGAACAUGCAGAUGACAUUGACUUUCGUAACUUCCGCCGGCAAUUAUUUUACUCCUCGCUUGCAAAUAUAUUCAAGUCCUUAAAGAAAUACAUGAUGACCCCCGAUAUUGUACGCUGUCCUGACAGCCAUUAUCGACGAGUUAUAUAUGGGUUAGGACCGUAUAUAGCUGAUUAUCCAGAACAAGUCUUACUUUCGGGUAUUGUUACAGGGUGGUGUCCGAAGUGUUUGAAUGAUCGCAGAAAUCUUGAUGGCAAUGGAUUACUCCGGUGCAGAGAGCACACCAACUUACUGGUUCAAGAACUCCAGCACAAACAGUUGUGGUAUGAGUACGGUAUUGUUGGAGACGUUGUGCCGUUCACAAAUGAUUUUGCUCGUGCAGAUAUACAUGAGCUUCUUUCUCCCGACCUCCUACACCAAAUCAUCAAAGGGACCUUCAAGGAUCACCUUGUUGAUUGGGUGGGAGAAUACUUAGAGCGUGUGCAUGGUUGUUCAUGCGCAGCAGAGAUUCAGGAUGAUAUCAAUCGAAGGAUAGCUGCAGUUGCCCCUUUUGCAGGUCUGCAGCACUUUCCAGAAGGGCGUGGAUUUGCCCAGUGGACCGGUGAUGAUUCCAAAGCUCUGAUGAAGGUCUAUCUACCUGCCAUCAAGGGCCAUGUCCCUCAGGAUAUCAUACACACAUUCAGUGCCUUCCUUGACUUCUGCUAUAUCGUCCGACGUGAGGCACUGACAGAGGAUGAUCUUGUACAGCUUGAAGAUGCCCUCCACCACUUCCACCAGUAUUGUGAGGUGUUCAAGAUGACAGGAGUUAGACUCACCUUCUCGCUGAAGCAUUACUCUUGUACGAUCCGGCUCUUUGGAGCACCCAAUGGUCUUUGCUCAUCCAUAACGGAGUCAAAGCACAUCAAGGCUGUCAAAGAGCCCUGGCGCUGUUCUAGCCGCUACAAGGCACUAGGCCAAAUGCUAAUGACAAACCAAUGUCUCGACAAAAUUGCUGCUGCACGGAGCGACUUCGAGGCUUGUAAUAUGCUCCAUGGAUCAUGUGUAUCUGAUGCUUUACAGGCGCUAAAAACCCAGCUUCCCAACCGUUUACAUGUCAAUGAACCACAACACCAGACCAUCGAGGGAGAAGCAGCUGAGAUUAUUGAUGGACCCGCCGCCAAAGCUCAUGUAGAGCUUGCUGCAAAGCCAGUAUUAGGCGGUGCAUGUGAUAUCCCUGCACUCACACUCAAACUAGGGCUUCCAAGCUUGCCUACUAUGCUUCACAUCGAGGACCCUGAGCCUCCCGCAUCCGAUCCUGCUAUGGCACCAACAUUUCUGGGCCGUAUUUCAGUUUUUAGCUCGGCGGCUGCAUCAUUCUAUGCCCCUAGUGACCUCAGCGGCACUGGAGGCAUGCGACACGAGCAUAUUCGUGCAACAACCUCAUGGCGAGGUGGUCCUGCUCGGAAUGAUUGUGUCUUCGUUAGUAUGAAUGAUGAGUUCAGUUGUGGCUUGGAUGGACUUGCUGUCACAAGAGUAUUGUGCUUUUUUAGCUUCAAGUACUGGACAGAGUACUUGCAAUGUGCCAUCAUUCGGUGGUUCUCAUAUAUCACUGACAGUCGGGAUCCUGACACUGGGAUGUACAUUGUUGCACCAUCAACCAAUGAUGAUGGCACACCAGAUGUCUCAAUUAUUCAUAUCGAUUGUAUAUUUUGCGCAGCCCAUCUGAUUCCUCUCUAUGGCACUAAUUUUCUACCUCGUGAAAUCACCCUUCAUGACAGCUAUGACGUGUUUCAUGCCUUCUACAUCAACAAGUAUGCUGACCACCAUGCAUUCGAAGUAGCAUGA